AUGGCGCAGCUGGUGGAAGCCGAGAAGUCUUCGGUGCUGCGUCUGGGCAUCAUUGGCACUGGUCUGUGGGCCAAGUCGGACCACCUGCCGGCACUCAAGGAGCUGGGCCACCUGUUCGCUAUUACGGCCGUGUGCAACCGCUCGCUGGACAAGGCCGAGGCCUACGUGCAAGCCGCCGGCCUGGAACGAGACGGGGUCUUCGUGUGCAGCGACUGGCGCGAGGUGCUGGCCCGCCCCGACGUUGACGCCGUGAUUGUCGCCCUGCCCGUGUACCUCAACCUCGAGGUGGCGACCGCCGCCGCUGCGGCCGGCAAGCACGCGCUCCUGGAGAAGCCCACGGCGCACGACUUGGCCGACGCCAGUGCACUGGUGCGCCUGAGCCACGAGCGGCGAGACGAGAUGGCCAUAAUGAUCGGCGAGAACUAUCCUUACAAGAACUCGCUCCGCACCAUGGCUCGUCUCGUUAUGGAGGGCGCUGUGGGGUCAGUGGUAACGUUCAGUCUGCACUUCUGGCGCAUGUUCGCGCCAGACAACAACCCUUACCUCUACACUUCGUGGCGCCAGAACCCGAAGCACAUCGGUGGCAUUCUCUCCGAUUCCGGGGUGCAUUGGGUGUGCGUCGUGACCACCGUGCUCGGGCCGGUUCGAUCCGUGGCCGCCUACACCCGCCAGAUUCAGCCCAAGAACGGCCCGGCCGACUCGAUUGUGAUGGCGAUGGAACUGGAGAGCGGUGCCGUGGGCUCGUGGGCGAUGUCGCACGCGACCAGCCGCUCCGAUGCCCUGUUCCAAGUCGUCGGCACCGACGGCAUGCUCGUGCUCGACAACCUUUCCCGCCUUAGCUACCACAAGCCCAACGGCGAAGUUGAGGUGACGGUGUUCGAAGGGGCAAAGCCCGGGAAGGCCAAGCAGGACCUGGUCGACGAGUUCACCGACUUCCACCGCUGCGUCGCACGCACUGUGGCGGCCCGCAAGCAGGACAGCGUGAGCGUCGAGAAGACGAAGGGCGCGGACGGCAACGACGAGCUGGGCGACUUCACAGUGCUGCCCGGGGCGCCGCUGGUGCGCGUCGAGGACACGUUCCACCACUUGGCCAUCAUCGAAGCGGCGACGGCCUCCACGGCCUCGAAGCAGCACGAGCCCGUCAAGACCUGGCAGCAGCUGGCCGAGAGCCUGAACUGA